CGAAUAUGUGCCGAUCUUUUCCGCCUGGUCCCUUUCUUGGUUUUCCUUGUUGUCCCAUUUAUGGAAUUUUUGCUUCCAGUAGCUCUUAAGUUGUUCCCUAACAUGCUUCCCUCUACAUUUGAGACAAAGUCUAAAAAGGAGGAAAGAUUGAAGAAAGAAUUGAGAGUAAAGCUUGAAUUGGCUAAAUUCCUUCAAGACACCAUUGAGGAGAUGGCCUUAAAAAAUAAAGCAGCCAAAGGAAAUGUUACAAAAGAUUUUUCAACGUUCUUUCAAAAGAUCAGGGAGACUGGCGAAAGGCCCAGUAAUGAGGAGAUCUUAAGGUUCUCUAAACUGUUUGAAGAUGAGUUGACACUGGACAAUCUAACAAGGCCUCAGCUGGUGGCACUUUGUAAGUUGUUGGAACUUCAGUCAAUUGGGACAAAUAACUUUCUCCGCUUCCAGCUGACUAUGAGGUUGAGAAGCAUAAAAGCAGAUGACAAGUUGAUUGCUGAAGAAGGAGUUGAUACCCUGACUGUUAAAGAACUGCAGGCAGCUUGUCGUGCCCGAGGGAUGAGAGCUCUUGGUGUGACCCAGGAGCGUCUCAAGGAACAGCUUAAACAGUGGCUGGACCUGCACCUGAACCAGGAAAUCCCUACUUCAUUGCUUAUUUUAUCCAGAGCCAUGUAUCUUCCAGAUACCCUUUCUCCAGCUGAUCAGCUCAAAACAACACUUCAGACACUACCAGAUAGUGUUGCCAAAGAGGCUCAAGUUAAAGUGGCAGAAGUUGAAGGUGAAAAAGUGGAUAACAAAGUGCGUCUGGAAGCAACACUUCAGGAAGAGGAAGCCAUCAGAAAAGAAAAUGAAGAAAAAGAAAUGGAAAGGUUGUCUGAAGCUGCAGAGAAAGCCAAAGAAACCCCUGAAGUUGCAGCUGUGAAAGAGGUGGAACCAGCAGUGGAUCUUGAAGGAGCUGCUCUGCAAGCUAAAAAAACGCAAGUGGCUGUGGAUGCCAAACAAGAAGUGGCAAGGGCAGACGUGGCAGUGCAUCCAGAGACACUGAUAGAUACAGCACCAGUAUUGGAAGGCAUUAAGGGUGAGGAGAUCACCAAAGAGGAGAUUGACAUGCUGAGCGAUGCUUGCAACAAGCUGCAGGAACAGAAAAAAUCACUAACAAAGGAAAAGGAGGAACUUGAGGAACUGAAGGAUGAUAUACAGGAGUAUAGUGAGGAUUUGCAAGAGAUAAAAGAGCUCUCUAAGACUGCCCAGAAAGAGGCAGUGGAAGAGUCAAAGGCAAGCAAGAGGUUGACGAAGAGAGUGAACCGAAUGAUUGGUCAGAUAGACAAAAUUAUUGUUGAAUUAGAGACAAACGAAAAGGCAGUGGAUACAAAGCUGGAUGCUAGGGAUGCUCCUGCUGGGGAGAAUCUCGUCAGUAUCGCUGAGCUGAUUCACGCCAUGAAACAAAUUCAGAAGAUUCCAGAGGAGAAGCUAACUAGGAUUGCAGAGGCACUAGAUGAAAACAAGGAUGGCAAAAUUGAUAUAGAUAACGUUGUUAAGGUAGUGGAAUUGAUCGACAAAGAAGAUAUUGAUAUUGGCACCAAUCAGGUUGCUGAGAUUAUGUCACUGCUUCAAAAAGAAGAAAAACUGGAAGAAAAAGAGAAAGCCAAGGAAAAGCAUGAUAAAGAAGCUGCAGAAGCAAAGAAUUAGGCUUCAGAAUCUGAAGCUAACUGCAGUUGUAACCAAAAUCUUGUAUAUCUUUCUGUAUCUAAUGGCUACAUAUUACUUGAGCUUUGUGAUUACGGGAAGUGUUUUGAGCUGAUUCUGGUAAUAAAUCAUAGAUAUGUUUUC